UCUCGACCUUUUCGGCAGACCUCAAAACGGCUUUUCGACGUCACAUAUCAGAGCCUGCACCACAACAUUCAAUCAGAUUCUCAUUUGAACCCCCUGAGCCAACCUUGAAACGAGCCCUGAAACGGAUAUUCAACGAUUCCACCUCGCCCUGCUUUGUCCUGAGUGUACGAUAUUCGCGACAUCGCCCCUCUCCACAGCCUAAUUUCCUCCGCAUGAAACAAAAUCUCCAGCCGACAAACCACACCGACCCUUUCCUCUGAGAAACAACACCUCAUCUGCGUCGGCGUCAUUCCUGGUGAGGCCGGGUCCUGUCUAUUCUGGUUUCUCGACCGCCUUUUACCAGGGCCUCACUUCGGUAUCUCCUCGACUCAAAACGUCCUCUUUGUCCGAAUUACUUUGCCGCCACUCGAAACCGAUGCGAGAACUACUCCUUUACCGCUGCGAAUCAUGUCUGGAAAAUAUUCUGUCGAAGAUCUGUUGAAGCUGCGGGCAUCGCCGCUCAUAUGUAAACCUCCAAAUCUACCGCCCAUAGAGGAAUGGAUGGGUGCACAAGAACUGAGUGGCAGAAGGCCUAUAGCUCGAGGAGUCAAAGAAGACCAACCUGCACAAAGUGACCCCUUUCAGAAAAGACCGACCAUUAUUGAUACCCAGCGUCGAACAGCUACGGAUCCCGACCGCAUAGUUCUUGGUCCUCCCCGACGAUCAUUCGCCUCCAAUGCCCGCGCCGUCAGCAAAUCGCAAGAUCUAGCAGAUGAUUCGGGGAACACCAAGGACCGAUCAACGUUAAUCGACAAAUCCAGAAAUGGCGAAGAGUCCGAGUCCCGGCACCAUGAGCGGAGGUAUACCCAAACAAAUGGUCGCUACGGCAAUCGUCAAGAGAGCGAAGAACUGGAGACUGAAGGUCGUCGUGACUAUGAGCGCAGACCAAAAUGGGGAGGGAGAGACAGGAAUGAUCAAGACCUAGAAACCGAACAGGACGAUACGCCACGCGGAUUCCGGAGGGAGACACAGUCGAGGGCGAGGCUAUCACAGUCAUGGUUCAAAAAGGAUAACGGAGAUGCUGAGGACGACAAAACACCUGACUGGCGUCGUGAUCGGGGCAGGGACCGUGACUGGGACAGAGAGCGCGCUGCCAAAGUGGAGGCGGAACCCGAAUGGAUGGACUCAACAGAACCCGAGGAACCGUUUCAAGCCCGUACCCAGGAGGACUUCCAGCGUUGGAAAGAAAGGAUGAAGGCCGGCAGCACAGCACCAGCUGACAAGGUUGAGACAGCUGCUACCAGUCCACCAGCGGAGGAGAAAUCAGUCAAGAGGGUCGUUUCUGCCGAGCCAGAUGACUCGAUGGACAAGUUCUUCGCCAGAUUCGAGUCCAAGACGACAGAACAGAAGGCCGGGCCAGCCAAGUCACAUGGGAAAACACGUUUUGCAUCGCUGUUUAGUCCUGCAACGGAACAAAACAAGCAGAUUGAAUUUCCUGCUCAACCAUCCUUCUCAGAAAGACCCUCCUCCGCCCAAGCAACAGCCUCAACAGCCUCGGCGACGAAUGCUGAUCAAGCCGGAUUUGCUCGCAUUCUUGAAAUGUUGCAGACACGAAGUAACAACCCCACUCCUCAAAAUCAAGAGGCAUCGAAACCGAGAACGCCACUAUAUGCGAGGGCAGCCGAGCCAAAGACCGAACCUGAACCGAAACCCCCUACGCCUACUCUUUGGGGGUUAUUGUCAGGCCAGUCGGGAGGUCAAGCGCAACCGCCUGAGCAGAUCCACGCAGCUGCAUCUCAGGAAAGAUAUAUAGAGAACAAAUCGCCAAGCGAGCAGCCUACGCACACACGACAGCAGUCCAGCAUCACCAAAGAUGAAGUACUCUUGACUUUGCUCCGUCAAGCCACUCUAGCGCCAAAACCGCAACCACCGCCUCCUACCGGAGGGGGAAUGUUUGGACUACCUCCGGAGCCCAGCAACCGUGCGGCGCAACAAAGAGGGCCGGUGAUUUCGCCCAUCCAGGCACAACAAGAUCCAAUAAUGGCACAACGAAGGGAGCCGAGAGGCCCAAUAUUCGAUGAGUCACCCAUUGCCAUGUACCAAAGCGAACAGAUACAGCGCGAACAACCUGCCCGAAGGCCGACCAACGGCACGCAGCCCGCGUAUUCGGUCGAUCCUCUGAUGGCGCUUCUGGGUGGCCAAGCACCUCCACACAGACCAAUGCAGCCAACACAACCACCUCAAGCCCUUCCUCCUGGCCUUCAGCGACCUCCUGGACUCGACCAGAUGCCACGACAAAACCCAAGCUGGCCUCCUCAACAGCCACAGCAACCACCACAGCCUUCGCGCCAGCCGUCCCUCCCUCCCGGCUUGGCGAACCUGCCCCGAGGUAUGUCAGGGCCACCAUAUAGUCAGCCUCAGCAAAUCCCGACUCUACCGACUCUACCGCAACAGCAGCGGCCUCAGCAACCACAGCCACAACGAAAAUACACCGCAGAGUCUUCUGGAAUGCCACCAAACCUUCCUCCGGGUAUGUACCCUCCUCCAGGCUUCAUGAAUGCAGGCCCUCCGCCAGGCUUUCCAAGCGGACUGGCAAAUCAUCCCGCUGCUAGGUACGGGGGGGAUCCAGCAGCCCAACAGCGGGCUUUCAUGGAGAUGUAUGGUGAAGUUGGCGGUAGAGGACUGGGACUGAGGGGUGGUGCCGGGAAUUCAGGGAUGCCGCCGUAUCGGUGAGGAGGGAAGGCGGAGCUGGGGACAAGUUUACCAGCGUGGGUUCUUUCCGGGGAAAAGAGAUGAAAGCGACAGCGAAGGCGACAACAAAGCGACUGGCAACGGCACGGGACGGAGCGAUUUGCAAGAACUUGCAAAAAAAUAAAACCAACUGCAGCGGUGAGCAUCGGCCAGCGCAACGGACCUUUUGAGGGAAGAGUUGUCGCCAGCACCGCUCACCGAAGCUUCUGGUGAAGACGGAUGCGAGCGACCCAGGGAUGCGAUCGAAACCACCAGUGCGGCGAGGACAAGGACUGUACGUAGCGCAUUCAUUCUGGACUCACAGAACAUGCAGCCCGAGGCAAAGUUUGAACUGCGACGGCGAGAGAACACCGAGUGCCCAGUACUUAUUUGACGGGACAGAAUCAGGCGUGCUGAUAUCCACGAUGGGGACAGGGAGAGGAUCAAUCGCAAUUCGAGAAGCGGAGGAAGUAGCAAUGCAAAGUCAAUUGUUCUUCUGUCUCUCCUUCUGUUUCUCCUACAAAGGCUCGCCCAGCGUGAUCGCUCAGUUAAGAUGGCUUACCUCCCACUGCUCGAUAGUGUGGAUAUUUAGUCAUGCCCAAGCUCAAUAGAACUCGGUUG